AAAAAUAUUUUCUCCCUGAAACAAAAUAUCAGUUUUUUAUCCUUUAUAAGCAAAAUGAACUUUACCAAUUCUCAGUAUUCUGAGGUUAACUCAAAUUCAAACAAAUGAUGUGGUUUAAGGGUGUUCUUGUUGUGUUUAUUGUUUCUGUGGCCUUGUUUAAAUGGGUAGCUUCUCUUAAUUCUAGUAGCUUCCCUGCAGAUUUUCUAUUUGGUACAGCAUCUGCAGCUCAUCAGAUUGAAGGUGCAACGUAUGAAGGUGGCAAGAGCCAAAGCAAUUGGGACAAUUUCACACAUAAAUACCCUGGUAAAAUUUUCGACCACAGUAAUGCAGAUAUUGCAACUGACUCAUACCAUCGCUACAAGGAAGAUGUUGGUUUGAUGAAGGAUAUUGGAUUUCAAGCCUACAGAUUUUCAGUUUCCUGGUCAAGAAUUUUGCCAAGUAAGAAAUUCUCUAAUCUUAUUUACAUUUAUAAUUGAUUGGUUUAGUUACUA